CGCGAGGUGUGAACAAAACUCAGUUUAUAUUAUAUAAAAUUGUUCAAAGCAGGAUUUGUGACGUCGCCCGGCUAUAAUUCGCAAAUAGGUGAAGACUAUGAGUGAGAAACAGAAACUGACUGUCAGGGUCAUCUGAGUGAAUUAUUAAAUUAAUAACUAAAUAGCUUUAGCACGAUAGCAUCAUGGCCAGUCCCGCGAACGCAAACAUGAAUGCUGUCCGGGAGACUAUGGAUGUUCUUCUGGAGAUAUCCAGGCUGCUGAAUACGGGAUUGGACAUGGAGUCUCUGUCGAUAUGUGUCCGUCUCUGUGAGCAGGGGAUCAAUCCCGAAGCGCUGUCAUCAGUUAUCAAAGAACUCCGAAGAGCCUCGGACUCAUUAAAGGCUUCUGAAAACAGCACUAGUCAAGGAUGACCGGUCUAAAUUUCAUCUAUUACAGAGUGGUCCCUGUUUGAGAAGAAA